CCCGCCACCUGCAUUCGUAUCGUUUCCCAAGCCCCCACCUCAGAAACCCUUACAUAUGCCCACACGCGCAACACCCCGGUCAGUCGAGUGCUCGCAAAGGCUACUGGAGGACCACUUGAGUUUCAUUCCGGUGCUCGCAUUGCUUACUGGAGGAAUAACGUCACGUGUCCCUGUGUGUGGGUAGAAACAUCGGCUGAGGAGGCAUGGUAAGGAUGAGGCUGCUGGCGGGCCUGCUGGUGGGAGUGUGUCUGGCCCGCGUGUCGGCCGAUCUGGUGCUGGUGGGCGGUGGGCUGGCGGACGAUAACAGUGACGUCUACGGCAAGUUCGUGGAGCUGGCGGGCGGCGUCGGGGUGGCCAAGAUCGGCGUCAUCACCACCGCCUCGGCAAACCCUCUCGAGUCGGCUAUCUUCUACGAGGCCCUCUUCACGGAGCUGUACGGCGCCGCCUCGGCCACCUGGAUCCCGGUGACGGAGAACAGCGGCAACGCGGACACGCAGGAGAUUUAUGACCUCGUGGCGGCCCAGACUGGACUGUUUCUCGGGGGAGGGGACCAGGCGCGCAUCAUGACCGGGUGGAGGAAGGCAGACGGCACGGCCUCUCUGGGCAUGCAGGCGUUGCUGGAGGCGGCGGAGAGCGGCGUGGUGGGCGGCACAAGCGCUGGGGCGGCGUGCCAGGGUUCGGGUCCCAUGAUCGAGGGGGGACUGUCCUACCAGGCCCUCAGGUACGGCGCCUAUCCAGGGGGCUACAACCCAGACUACCCUGACGACCUGUGCUACGACGAACGGGGCGGCCUCGGCACCUUGCAGGACUAUAUUGUUGACACACACUACUCGGAGCGGGGCCGCGAGGGAAGACUGAUAGAGCUGGUGCUGGACACUAUGACCGGCGACGCGAGCACCCAGAAGGCCCUUGGAAUCGACGAAAACACGGGUGUCCACGUCGACCGAUACGGCAACGCUAAGGUGCUGGGAGCUGCCGGGGGGGCGAUGGUGGUGGACCUACGCGAGGCGACGCAUGUGGAGGGCACCUACACGAGGCUCCAGGGCGUGAGGGUCUCCUUCUUCACGGAGGGUGACGCCUUCAAUCUCUACAAUGAUAGUUACACGAUUGCCAGCUGGAAGAGCAACUUGGCGGGGCAGGAGUACUAUGACACUGCACCCACCAGCUCCAACAUCUUCUCCUCGCCCGACGCCAACCCGCGGGAGGACGGGGUCUUUCGCGAGGUGGCCACUUCGCUCUGGGACUCGAAGGAGGACUCGUGCGUGAGCGACACCUACGAACGCAAUCCCGAGUUCGUCGUCACCCUCUCCAAGUCCGACGGCGCGGGCUUCGGCGGCUUCUCCCACGACACGAGCACCUGGACCAUGUCGUACGCCCGCAUGGCUGUGGAUAUCGACUACCAAUAAACUAAUCAAUUUUUUACCCUACCCGAACC